AUGACCUGUACGACCUAUCAGAUGGAGAGCCAGGUCCAAGUCGUGUCUGGCUACGGGAAUACCCCACCGAUGACUGCUAGUCGACCCGCCAGCUAUACUUAUGGGAACUUGGAGAGGUUGGUUGAUGAAGGGUCUAUCGAUCCUGACUAUUCCGCUGAUGUGGCUGAUGGUGAGCUAUCCCUCUCCGAUGGUUCUGAUGUAGCGGACAAUCCCAACUACGAGCAAGACCUCGAUGAGGCCAUAGAACUUCCCCUCAAACAAGACCUGCCUCUUCCCGACAUGUCUAACUUGGAACGUGUCACCGAAUUCCUUUGCGAGCAGUUUACCGGCGACUUCGGGGGUUGCUCAGAGGAUGCAGCAGCACGCCAUGCUACAAGUGUGGAUGGGUAUCACCACCCGCUACUGGCAACCCUCAUGGACGUCGCACCUCUCAGGCCCAAUCGUACUUGCGGGAUUUCUGGGAAAAGCUUUCCGGCCCCUAAUAAUAUGCCAGUUUCCGAACCGAAAGCGUCCAAUACUCUACGCAAUAGCUUUGAAGGACUCGACGGGAGCACUUCCCAACCCAAAAACAUAUGCAUUCACCUAGAUGACGUGCCUACGUCCCAGUCAGUCCAGGGCUUCGAUCUUGGCAGCUACAUUGUCUUCCUGUCGUCCUUUGCCGUGUUCUGCAAUGGCUUCCACUAUAACCCCUGUAGGGCUAUACAAAACCUGGUGAAGAGCGAUUUGCAUAUCAAGCGCAGGUGCACAUUCCAUGAUAGCAACGGUAGGCAGCGUCAGCAGCUGCAUAUGCUAAAGGAUACCCCUCAUGCCUACAUCAGCCAUAGCACUGAAAACCACCAUAGAGUAGGCGAAGAUGAGCGAGGCAGCAAAAGUAGCAGCAGAGCAUGGGAUUGA